AUGGCUAAAAGAACAAAGAAGGUUGGUAUCACCGGUAAGUACGGUGUUCGUUACGGUUCCUCUCUAAGAAGACAAGUUAAGAAGCUAGAAGUUCAACAACACGCUAGAUACGACUGUUCUUUCUGUGGUAAGAAGACCGUUAGAAGAGGUGCUGCUGGUAUCUGGACUUGUGGUUCUUGUAAGAAGACUGUUGCUGGUGGUGCUUACACUGUUUCCACUGCUGCUGCCGCCACUGUCAGAUCCACUAUCAGAAGACUAAGAGAAAUGGCUGAAGCUUAA